AUGAAUUCUAAAGUGCUAUUUCUUCUUGUUGUCUGCGCCGUCAUCGCUUCCCCUGUCUUUUCUUCUGAAAGUCGUUUCUGCACAGCGUGCAAAGGUAUUGUCGACAAUGUCAAGAAAAUGGUCUCCGCAGGAAAGGACAUUGAAGAGGCUAUCAGAGAGGAAUGCGAUGCAAGUGCUCCGAGGUUUUUGAAGUCUGUUUGCCGUCGCUUCCUCAAUGGUCUCUCAAUGUUACACGAUCAUAUACAGUAA